AUGUCGUACAAUGGAAUAGGACUCAAAUCGGCGAAAGGGUCAUCUACGUCGGGCCACGUGCAGAGGUCACUUGCCAGCAGCACAAAUAGGCGCAGGCCACAAGGUAGUGAGCAGCAGCAGCGCCCAAAGGCGAUUAAUAAGGCCAGCCAUGGCAGGGUGAACAGGCCCCUAGCAGUGCAGAAACAUAUGGAAACGCACAUGCAGAAACGUGAGAUCGAGCUGCAAGUUAGCAAACUACGUGAUCGGCUGGAGGACGACGAAUCGCUUCCGGAAGAGCAAAUCGACGCACAGUGUGAGACAUUGAGAGCAAAGCUGACGAGCGAAUGGAAAGAAGAGCAGCGGAUCUCUUCUUUGUACACCUCUCGUAAGGCGCGGCUGGCUGAAGAACAGCAACUACAAGAGUAG